AUGCACGCAUGGCGUUCACUAUCCCGCAGCCUCUUGGUGUUCACAAAUGUGCUAUUUCUACUGCUAGGCUCGGUGCUGGUGUCCAUUGGAGCUUACAUGGCCUCCUUACCAGCACUGACGGAGUUUUCAGAUGGCGGCGUCGCUUCGUCUGUCAUCAUGUGUGGCUCGCUGAUUAUUCUGAUUGCGCUACUGGGCUGCUGUGGGGCCCAAUGGGAGAGCAAAGUGUUUUUGUUUCCGUACGCAAUUCUAGUGCUCGUGUCAGUAAUCGCACAGCUGUCGCUUGCAGGAUUCCUUACGCAUGUGCACAGCUCAUUGGUUGAAGUGGCCAAACACAACUUUGACUUGUCGGUGCUGGCCCCAGCCGACCAGAAAACGUUACGCUGGAUCAACAAGCGGUUCAAGUUCGUGUAUUAUGGCUGCGGCCUCGAUGUGGAUAUUGACCUCAGUGGCAAACACAGUCGCUCGCUCAUUACGUCGUGCUCGAACCCGAAGUUUGCCUGGUUUGCACCUUUUGUGGAGGAGAACUGCCCGAUUGGACACGAACAGCUGCAUCCUGGAAGCAAUUUUCUGAAGUGUGCAGGACCAAGCUUCUCGCUGAACAACGCCAUGACGGAGCAUACGAUGCUUUGUGCAUGUGAGACGCGUAUGAUCUCGUGGGUCAACGACCAGUCGGUGCUCGUGGCCGUCUUUGUGUUUGUUAUUGUGGCGCUGGAGAUCCUGCUUGUGGCGCUGUCGUGCUACAUUAUCCACUCGCGUCGUUACCGCCGUUAUGGCUACCAGGAGAUCACUAUGCCCGUGCGACAGCAGCCGUACAACCCGCACCCGCGAAACUACUUUGGCCAGCAGGCAGGACAGCGCCAACCGCUCAACUCUCAGCCAGCAUACUCAUCGUACGGGCCGGCAAAGGGAGAAAAUCCUUACGCGGCUGCCGCCUCGGGUAGAAAGAACAAUAAGACUGGCUGCUAG